ACGUGUGGACGCCCGGCAGAGGCGCGUCCCGGGUUCUGGAGGUGGACCUUUUCUGGAAGGGAUCGGCGAGCUGGAGUGUCAGGUCCUGGUUGCCGGCGGUGUGGACUCCCCCAGGGUCGUGCCGGUUGAAGGGCCCGGCCGAUCCGAAGGAGCAGUAGGAGUUCGGAGUUCGGGACUGGUUCCUGCAGCGAUGGGGGAAAUGUUUUUUUUUUUUUCCUCCUUUAUUGUCACGGAAAUGGGAGAGGAAGCGCCUGUCUCUACCCUGGUUGCCUUGUUAUUGUAUAGCGUGUGUCUGUGUCGUGUUUGUUUUCUUCUUCCUUUGGGAAUAUUUAUCUUGUCCUUGGCCUGGCUGUUGUGUGCAUUGAAACCUUCAUGCGGACGGUGAGAAAAAGCAUUCAAAAGGAUCUAGAGGAAUCCUAUGUUUAAUGAAGUUUCCAAGAUUAGGAGUUUGUCCUCACCCCACCCUGGGGCCACCGAGGCACCUGUGUUCCCUGCAGGCUUCUGCUAAUGUGGGUGCGGAGGGCCGGGCCACCCCCCGGGAACAGCACCGGGAGAUGUGCCUUCUCCAGCUCCCGGCUCUCCCUCGGGCGUUUUCACCCCCUCCCAACCUUUUGCUGAAGAAUUGGCUGCUGCCGGGAACAGAACGUUCAUUGAGGAACCGUAAAUCUGGAUGGAAUGAAGUCACGAAGCAGCAGUGCCCUUUCCACUCGUUGGCCUGGAGGGCCUCGGAAAUGCCUGCCGCUUUUCCCCUUCCCACUAAAAGAAUGAAAUAGGAAAUAUUGCUGAGACAGACUUGGGGGUGUGCGUGUGUUUCUUAUAGGGAGGAACUGUACAUACAGUCUGUUUACUUCCUGUAUCCCAGAGGAUUUUUCAGGGGGGAGGGGAUAGUUUCUGAUGGGGAGGAGUUUUCCUUCUCCCAUCUCACAUAGUUCUGUAAAAUAAAUCAGAUCUUCAUUCUUGAGUGGGAAUCAGACAGGUUGGGCCUCUUUUCACCCUUCCUCAAACUGGUACAUCUGGGUGAACUCAGGCUUGUGUAUCUUGGCAUCUGGACCUGUCUAGUAAUAGAAGACAAACUGUUUGCCUUGUGUUGGCUGCCUUUUUGGAUCCGUUUUCACUGUACCUUUCCUUUUUUUUUCUUCCUUUUUUUUUUUUUGGCAUUCGAAGGCUUGGUCAAGAGAAGGAAAGCAAAUAUUAAAUACAGUGUUUACACUUUGUGGUUUAAAGUCAGGUGAGAGAUAAUUACAGCUUUUGAGGCUGAUGACCUGAGGACCAUCAUUUGAUGACUUGGGGAUUAGCACUUUGGAGGUGAAAUGCUUGAAAGAAAGUUGCAAAAGGGAGGAAAGACAGGGAAAAGGAAGUUUGGGCAAAGGCUUUGCCAGGCUUAGGUGGAGAACACACGGUGAGUAGCAUCUUGAAGUGACUGUGUGACUUGUGUUUCUCUGCAGGAGGGUGAAAAUGAAAGCGGGCUGUAGCAUCGUGGAAAAGCCAGAAGGAGGUGGAGGGUAUCAGUUUCCGGACUGGGCCUAUAAAACCGAGUCAUCCCCAGGCUCCCGGCAGAUCCAGCUGUGGCACUUCAUCCUGGAGCUGCUGCAGAAGGAAGAGUUCCGCCAUGUCAUCGCCUGGCAGCAGGGAGAGUACGGGGAGUUUGUCAUCAAGGACCCAGAUGAGGUGGCCCGCCUCUGGGGCCGCAGGAAAUGCAAACCACAGAUGAAUUAUGACAAGCUGAGCCGGGCCCUCAGAUACUAUUACAACAAGAGGAUCCUUCAUAAAACAAAAGGGAAAAGGUUUACUUAUAAGUUUAAUUUCAACAAGCUGGUGAUGCCCAACUACCCCUUCAUCAACAUUCGAUCAAGUGGUGUGGUUCCUCAAAGUGCACCACCAGUGCCAACAGCCUCUUCCAGGUUCCAUUUCCCACCUCUGGACACCCAUUCUCCAACUGGCAACGGGCAGCCAGGACGGUUCUCAGCCAGCUCCCUAGCUGCCUCUGGCCAGGAAUCAAGUGAUGGCACCGACCGAAAGGUGGAGCUUUCGGAGCUGGAGGAUGGCUCGGCCACUGACUGGCGCAGGGGGGUGGAUCUCAUGUCCUCCCGGAAUGCUGUUGGAGGAGGGAUUGGCCCCCAGAAACGCAAGCCUGACAUAAUGCUUCCUCUGUUCACUAGGCCAGGGAUGUACCCAGACCCCCAUAGUCCUUUUGCCGUCUCGCCAAUCCCUGGCCGUGGAGGUGUCCUUAAUGUCCCCAUUUCACCGGCCCUCUCCUUGACUCCCACCAUCUUCUCCUACAGCCCCUCACCAGGCCUGAGUCCCUUUACUAGCAGCAGUUGCUUCUCCUUCAACCCUGAGGAAAUGAAACACUACCUUCAUUCUCAAGCCUGCUCCGUGUUUAACUACCACCUGAGCCCCCGGACUUUUCCCCGUUACCCGGGGCUCAUGGUUCCUCCACUGCAAUGCCAAAUGCAUCCUGAGGAGUCAACUCAGUUUUCUAUCAAGUUACAGCCUCCACCAGUUGGGCGAAAGAACCGGGAGAGGGUUGAGAGCAGCGAGGAUUCAGUGCCUGUCCCUGCACCCACCAUGACUCCCGUUCCCCCGCGAAUUAAGGUGGAACCCACCUCUGAAAAGGAUCCAGAGAACCUCAGGCACGCUAGCCAGGGGAAGGAGGAGCAUUCUCAAGAAGAGGGCACUGUACCAAGCAGGACUAUUGAAGAGGAAAAGAGCACUGUCUUUGCCCACCCUGUUGUGCCACCCAUCUGGCCCUCAGCACCCAGUAGCACCCCAAGCGAGGAGCCCCUGGAGGUGACUGAAGACAGUGAGGACAGACCUGGCAAAGAGGCUGGUGCACCUGAGAAGAAAGAAGAUGCUCUGAUGCCCCCCAAGCUCCGGUUGAAGCGGCGCUGGAAUGACGACCCUGAGGCUCGAGAGCUGAAUAAGAAUGGCAAGUUCCUCUGGAGCGGGUCAGGCCCUCAGGGCCUGGCGACAGCAGCUGCUGAUGCUUAGAACUGCAAGUGGAUUGGGAGCUGUUUAUACUAUAAUCAAUACA